AUGAUUAAAUUUGUUAUUCAGAAAGAAGAAACCGACCAGACUAUAAUUAGUUUUCUCAAAAAAAGGUUUAAAACCACACCUUUAAGCCUAAUUUACAAAUUAUUUCGCACCAAAAAAAUAAAAAUUGAUGGGACAAAUGUUCGUUAUUACCAUCACCGGCUAAAAGAAGGUGAGGAAGUUGAGAUUCAUGAUAAUUAUUUACAAAAGACCAAUUUGGCCGUUUAUCCACUUUCUCAAUCAAAAAUAUAUUUUGAAAUUAUUUACGAGGACCAAAAUAUUCUGUUGGUUCUCAAAGAGCAUGGAAUAACCAUGCCGAGUUUAGACAACGCUGUUCGGUAUUACUUAGCCGAAAAGGACCCAGCAGAAUACCAGUAUCAAAUGGAUAAUUUUUUUGUCUUGAUAGCCGCUCAUCGACUGGAUAAAUUAACCAAAGGACUUGUCAUUUAUCCAAAAAAUCCCUCCGCCAAGAGAGUAUUAUACCAGGCCAUGGCUGACAAAAGCAAAAUAACCAAAAAAUAUUUAGCGACAUGCGAAAAAAAACCUAAAAAAAUAUUGCCUGGUUAUAUUAGUGCACAAAAAAUGGAAUUUUCCCCAAAAUCAACCAAUCCUCAAGCCAAAUUCUGUGCUCUCGAAGCGAAAAAAAUUAAUACCAAAAACAAUUAUCAGACCUUAGAAAUUACUUUACACACAGGGAGAAAACACCAAAUUCGCAGCAUUUUGUCCUAUUUUGGAUUGCCAAUUGUUGGUGAUAAAAAAUAUGAAAAGGAAUUUAUUAAUUUUAAUAAAGGAGUAAAAAAAAUUCUAAAAGGUUCUCAAAGUCCUUACGAAAAGAAAAUUGCUUUGUUCAAUCUAUUAGAAAACUUAAAAGUAGGAGACAUGCCAUCUGAAAAGAAAAAAAGAGUGGAUUACCUCUUGAAAGCUCAUUUGUAUAGUGAUUUAGCUAAACAAAGUAUGGAAGAUUACAAGAAAAUAACGGCUGAAAAUUUUAGCAAGGCAGAAAAAAUAAGUAAACAAUUUUGGAGAUACACAUUUUUAGACAUUCAAACUAAUAAGGAGGAAGAAAAGUUUGAGAAAAAAAUUAGUGAAAUAGAGAAUGAACUUACUCAAAAGCGAACUUUACCUCUUCAAAAAGUAGGACCGAAGUUUAAAAUAGACAGAAAGUCCUUUUAUCACUUAAUCCAUUCUCUUCAAACUGAGGAAGCAAAAACACUAAGAGAAGCAUCCAACUAUGUUUCUAAAAAAACUGGUUUACAGUUAACUGAGACUUUGGAUUUUAUGGAAGAAGUUAGCAAGUUGCCUCAGCAUCUCAUUUUAGCCACUGAUGAAAGCGGAUAUCCUUUAAACUUGGCUCCACGAAAAGAAUUAAUUAAGGGUUCUGUGAAUACAGAGAUUUUUGCUAAUUUUAUUUCUAGGGUUGAAAUUCCUAGUGAGGGAAAAUAUUAUUUGCUAAUGGAUAAUAUCCCAUUUCAUAAAUCUGUUAGGGUUAAAGAAGCAAUGAUUAACAAUGAUAUUGAACCUAAAUACAUAGAACCAAAAACAGAGGAAGAGUUAAGGAAAGUUUUAGAUUAUAAAAUAAAAUUAUUACAACAAGAAGAUUUGAGAAAGUAUUUUAAAGAUUGUUUAGACUUUGAUUUCACCAUCAAAAGCGGACAUUAA